AUGACAGUUAAAAGUAGAAAGGUGCGUAUUUUACGCUUGGAUGCAGCACAAUCUGUCUGGACUGUUGAAGUGCUGCUCAAGGACUCAAUGGAUAAGAGAUGCUUUUUUAUUAUAUUUAUAAUCUGUAUUCAACAGAGUGGUAAUGGUCGUGGUGGCAGUGGAAGUAGUGACUGUGCUUACUCACAAAGAAGAAUUAAAUAA